AAAUAUGGCAGAGCGGCUGUGUGAAACUCUGUCCUUUUUCUCGCGUUUUAACCGUCCGUGAACAAAAUGCGACGCAUGAAUGGAUAACUAUAAGUUGUCGGUGGGCUACAUUUUGUUUUGACGCCCGGGGAGGACCGUUAAAGCGCUGUGGUUAACGGUUGCUGCCACCGUGGUCUGCAUGUGACCGAGAGAACAGGGGAGGGGCGGAGAGUCUCGUGUAUUGUACCGUGGAACAGCGAGUUCUCGUUCGCUCAGCAGGCAGCAGAGCCAACAGACACACUAUCAACGACAGAGUGAGAGAGAGAGGACGGUACACACAGCACCGCGACCCGCCGGCGACGAACGUUGCUCCCCGCAUUCGAAGACAGGCGUUGUCGGAACAUCAACGAGGACAAAGUAUACACGUCAUUUCGAACGUUUUUGUCGUGUAAUUUGAAACUAAUUCGAACUCUCGAACGUUGAAGCGUCAGUUAGCCCGAAAGGAAACUAGCCUCACAGCUAACCUGACGGGAGUUCACUCUGCUUUGUUUUCUUCAGAGGUGGUAAGACUACUUCAAUAUUCUACUGGGGCUUAAGUACGAUAGAUUUAAUGCUAUUUCACUUAAAAUAAGUAAAAAAUUAUCACUCUGUCAAUCUACUCAUGUAAAAUCAGUAGAAGUGUUUGUAUAGUACUUCCUUUUAAGUUAUGGCGAUGGGGUGGGGAGUGUAAAAUAUACCCGCAGAUUGUGCAAAAAGUUCAUUUAUCUUAAGUAAGUGUUGUAAUAUAUCCAACAGAAUGAAUGUGUGGAAAGAUUAAGUCUUUGCACGUAUGAAGGGUGGAGUUAUCUUCUAUUUUUGCAGCUACUUUUGUCAGUUUGUACACUCAAGUCAUGGGUGGCUGUGAAGGGGAUUGUUACAAUGAGCCGAAAAUAUGGACUCAGUUAUUGUAAUGAAUACAAUUUGGUGUAACUACAGCGUGCAAAAUUGCUGGAUAGGUUCAUCAAGGAUGUUGUUGUACAUUAUCCUAGGUGUAUUGCCACAUUUUCACUCUAUAAGAUUGAAGUAUGUUUCUGUGUAGACGCCACCAAACCCAAGGAGAAACACUGAUUUUAAGAUCUCUGAAGAGUACAAGUAGUCUGUUGCUGACGUAAGAAUGAGUUUCUCAAUGGUUGUCUUUUUUUUUCAUCCCCAGUCUUUGAUAUGCUGAUGUAGUUGCAGUGAGAGCCUGAAGAGCAAAAGACACAAUCUGCACCAUAGAAGAGAAGAUGAGCACCAAAAGGAAGGCAGAGAGCCACAUAAGGGCAGCAAACAGACCUCGCAUUAUGAAGUCUGGAGACUCCCGGACUGAUUCAGAGCGAGACUCUGGCUUCUCAGGUAGAACCUUGUUAUUACCGCAGCUUUAUGCGCAUGGAUAAUAAUAGUAAUAAUAGUAUCACUUAGUUUAACUCCGCUAACUCUUCUCCCUGGUCUACAGAUGCAAGCUCAGAGCACACAAGCACUGUGGACACCACAGACUCAGAGGAUUCACCUCGCCCUGCUGCACCACAGGGACCGCAGAAGUCUGGCUCAGGGCCUCAGCCUUCCCAGCUAACUGUGGUGGGAGGCUCCUCCUCGAACCUCUCACCCAUGAUCAUCAUGAAUAACGUGGUCCUCAAGCAGGUAAAACUGCUUCUACUCAGCAAAACCUUAGCUGUUGUAGACAAGCUCACUCUCCGCUUUCACACAGGUUCAGCUCUUAACCUUUGAACUUAGGUAAAGGUAUGUGUAGGUCACAGUAAGAAUGUGGUCACAUGUCACUGCCUUUAGGCCUGACUUAAUGUGUCCUCACUUUCCAGGCAGCUCUGACCCAAAAAAGACUGACCAUUCUCACAGGAAUGAGCCUAAGUGCCGACCUGUGAUGUAGUAGAACAUGCUCAAAAAUAAAAGAAUUUUUAAUUAGAUAAUAAAAAAACAAAAAGACUCACGAUAGGAACCAAUUAAACUCAGCGCUAUCAACUGAUCAACAUACAAUACAGGCCAAAAGUUUGGACACACCUCAUUUUUUAUAUGACUAUUUACAUUGUAGAUUAUCAGUGAAGGCAUCAAAACUAUGAAUGAACACAUGUAGAAUUUUGUACUUAUAAAAAAAGUGAAGUAACUGAAAACAUGUUUUAUAUUCUAGUUUCUUAAACCCUGACAAGGCACAACCGUGAAGUAAAAACCAUUUCAGGUGUCUACCUCAUGAAGCUCAUUGAGAGAACACCAAAAGUUUGUAGCACUAUCAAAAAAGCAAAGGGUGGCUACUUUGAGGAAUCUAAAAUGUAAUACAUGUUUUUUCUCGAGCACAUGAUUCCACGUGUUCAUUAAUAGUUUUGAUGCCCUCGGUGAGAAUCUACAAUUUAAAUAGUAAUGAGAAUAAUAAUAAUAGUUUAUUUUAUUUGUACGGCGCUUUUAAAAACACUCAAAGACGCUUUACAUAGUACAUAAAACUCAAGGUAAUAAAACAAAGACAUAAAAACAGUAGAAAUAAAAUGAAUAAAACAGUUAAAUAUUAAAAGCAAUUUUUAAUAAGUGAGUUUUUAAAAGGGAUUUGAAAGUAGUGGGGUCAGGGCAGUAUCUGCUGGAGGGUGGUAGGGAGUUCCAGAGGGUAGGAGCAACUGCAGGUCGGGGAGAUAAGGGAGGGCUUGAUGAUGAAGGGCUUUGUGGGUCAGAAGGAGGGAGGCAAAAUUCUGGACUAUCUGUAGUUUGUUGAGGAGUUUGGAGGGUAGACCGUACAGCAGGCUGUUGCAGUAAUCUAACCUUGAGGUAAUGAAGGCGUGGACCAGGGUUUCUGCCGCAGGGAGGGGGAGAGAUGGGCAAAGACGGGUAAUGUUUAUAUAAAGAAUAAAGAAAAUGCAUUGAAUGAGAAGGUGUGUCCAAACUUUUGGCCUGUACUGUACGUUUACAGAUUUUUUGCUAAAUCUUAUUGGACUCCUAGUGUCAAAAACCCUAAAUAUGAAUAUGUAAAUCUACAUAAACGUUGAAUAUAAAUAUUUCAUCUGAUGAACUGCUUUCUUGCCUUUCAAAAACCCACAGUCAUCUAUCAUGCUCUUUCUUUUAAAAUGUCAUUUCAUCUUGUUGGCCUUUGUUUCAGUAGCGUUGUUGGUUACCUAGUAGGAGUAUCUCAAACUGAGUUAUUUUGUCCUUAUUAAUAAUUAUUUGACACUGGUACUGGCUGCAGUCAAUUUGACCACACAGCGAUAUGGGUCUGCAGUUUGUCUGAAUGAAUGAGCCGCAGGACAUCCCACCCUCCUGCGGGUGGGUUCGACAAACGGAAAUCACCUUAGUGGUAUUUGAGGUAUAGAAGUCAUUUCUGUACCACCAAGGACAGAAGGAGAGAGAAAGGAAGGCGUGCAUGUGUGGGAAAGCGGACAGGGGUGAGUUUUUAUUUUAUUAUGUAAUGUAAUUGUUUGAGAAAAAGCACCAGGAUGCAACCAGAGACCCGAGAUUGGAAAACCAGAGGUCGACCCAUAACAGCUGUCACAUAAACAGAUCAAGAGUGGGCUGAACCUGUCGUCAGUAGACCCAGAUCAGACACCAAGUCCUGAGAGGGGAGUUGGUUAUCAUCCAACAACUGUCAGAUUGCUAUAUUGCCAUGGCAACACUGUGGGUGGUGAUGCUCAAGCUGUUACAGAACAAUGAUUGACAGAGAAAUAAUAUACAGUAUAAAAAAGUGGAUGAUUUGGGUCAUUAGCCUAUUUCUCAUACAUGUGUGUGUUACAUCAAAUAUAAAAUUGUUUGUAAGGAUCAUUUGAACGCAUUUCUGUUUUGUUGAAAUUCAAUCAUCCGACCUGAAUGAACAGCAUAUAUGAUUUUUGGUUGUUUUCUGUGUGUAUGUGUCAUAGUUUGUCGUCAAUUCUCAUUUUUUGAAUCUUUCUUAGUAACAACUCAAUUACAAGUGUUUUCAAAGUACUUAAUUUUAGACUUUUCUGCCUUUGCAGCCUGGAGAUAAUCCUCCAGCUCUGAAGCCCUGGGGAUUCAGUCCCACAGUGGAGGUGGUUCAGCCUGUGGUCCAGCAACCUCAGGUGGUCUUUCUCCAGCCUGUGGUCUCUCGUCAGGCAUCCUCCGCCUCCAAAGACGCCUCCUCCAGACACAGACGCCCUAAGAAGUAUCUUCCGAUCUUGAAAUCCUACCCCAAAAUCGCUCCGUAUCCCGGAGACAGCUCCAGUUCCUCGGGGAGAGGGACCGCCUCCUCAUCUUCCUCCACCACCUCCUCUUCCUCAUCAGAGUCAAAGAGAGGCGGCGGUUCGACCUCCACCCACCGAGAACACUGUCAGAGAGAGAAGCAGCAGAAAAGUUUGAGCGCUUUAUCCAUCAACCCCGUCUCUACCACUCCCAGUCUUCCUUCGAGCCCCAGCCCUCUGUCUCCUCUGCUGCAGAGUCGACUUUCUCUGCACACCGCGGAAAGCAGCGCCAGCAGCAGUCCUGCCAGGGAGAGGCCCUCACCAGCUGUCAGCCAAUGUGAGCUUACCAGCCCCCUGUCUUUUUCUCAAAGCACAGGCUCGACAGCCCAGACUCUGCCCGUUCCCUUUGGGUCUCCCCAAGAGAGCAGCUCGUCAGGAGACAGUGACGCCGAUAACAAGAGGAAACGCUUCUGCAACACGUACAACAUCUUGAGUAAAUCCGGCCUGCUGGACAUCGCGCUACGCACCAAGGAGCUCCACCGGCAGAACCGGCGCACCCAAAGCGACCUGGACCAGUUGAAGGAGCACACGGACCUGUUCCUUCAGGCGGUGUGGAGCGGCGACACCAGCAUCUGUUUGAAACUGCAGACCAGUCUCCAGGAAAUGGACCAAGAGAAAGACAGGGAGAACGCUGCUGAGACCAGCUUGAAGGAAGAUUAGACCGGGACUAGAGCAAGACAAUAAUCCUGUAGACUGAAACGGGAGGGGUACAGGGUGGGGGGUUUGGGACAUGUGGAGACGAGUGGACCGAAAGUAAUGUGCUCCACAAUACACUCACACCCCCAGACUCGACAUUUGCGCACAGAGAGCGAGCUUUGGCCUACAUUUUGGCUGCCGGCCGCCUCAGGGACCCAAUACGUCACGUUAGAGCUCUCAGAUUUGGUGAAGAUCAAGACUUUUCGUUGCCUCUUGUCUUCUGUUUAAAAAAAAAAGUGCACUUGAAGAGUGUAGCUGAUGGCAAGUUGACUGCCAACACGCACAUAUGUUCUGCACUUGUGCGGAUGGAAAUGUUUUAGUCAGCGAUUUGUGUUUGCAGUCCAGAAAACUUUACAGCAAGAGGAGCGAGAAAAACCACUUCACCACUUUCUUUGUCCCUGGGAAAAAAAAGGUGUCUCAUUCGGCCGCUCAAGAUGAUUGACUGAGAGUUAUGUAGUGUAGAAUCCACAGCAAUACUCAAAGAACAACCUUCUGUGGUCAGAGCAAUUUGAGGCAAGCUAAUAAACUGCCAUAUCCCAUAAUUCCUCUUCGGAUAACUGCACCACCAGCAUAUGUAGUUUUUCCACACGGAAACCUCAGCGACUGAGGCAGAGAGGUGCUUUAUGUCUAUACAAACAGACAGGAUGUGAUCAGAGACCCGAGUUUGAUUAAAACCAGAAGUACUGCUCGCUGUUCCGCCACACCGUCUACAGCUCUUCUGUCGAAACUGCAGAAAUAUUCGACUCAACUGCAGUCAAGACCUAAAGCCCUGAGAGAUUUGGAUCGGAGGUAUGAAAGGGAUAAAUAUAAAACUCUUUAUUUUACUGAAUACACAACACAGGCUCUGAAUCGAAAAGCUUGAUGGAAACCCCCGAGGAUGGAAACUUUGAGGUGUGAAACAUCAGUGGACUGCUCAUAUUGGCUUCAGAAUGACUCAACACACGGAGUAAUAAGAUUGACAAUCUCAUAGUUUUUACAUCUUCAUGUCAGGUCUCUAAACUGUGAUAACGAGCUGCAGCUGACAUUCAAAGCGUGCCCAUAAUCGGAGUUAUUAGCGUGCGGCAGUUCCAGUUACGUAAAGCUGAUGAUUAAAACUCUCAUGUCACCGAACGCAUCCAGAGCCUCUCACCAGUCAGCAUCUUUAAAACAGACAAACACGCGCCUUAAGUGUCAUUUUGGUUUCCGGCUGCAUUUCCAGACUCGCUGUGGAAGAUUCGGCUCUUCUUGUUAACGGUUUUUAAGUUCAGCGCUCCCAUCGUGUCGACAGCGGCUGUAGAAGGCAGUUAACUGGCUGGAGGAGGGAAGAAAAAGCUCUUAACAGCCAUUCGGAUGCUUCCCUGGUGUGAUUCCAGCAUAAAAGGGUGCUUCCUUUGGUUCACUGAGACUUGUACGUGCUUUAUAAACUGUUAAUUUUAUAUAUUGUACACAUGGAUGUUAUUUAACAGGUUAAUAUUUUCCAAUCUCAUUUCCAGCUAUUUUAUUUUUCUGUUUAACUUCUAUUCUGACUGCUUUUAUGUGAACCUUUGUGCUACGUCCGUCAUACCGGGUUUCUCGAUGAAGACCGAUAGUUGCGCUUGAGUCCAGAAUCACAGAGGAAGUCUAACAGCUACAACGUCCAAAUUAGGUUGCAGAGUUUUUCGUUGGACUCUUAUAAAUUAUGGCCUUAAUAUCCAAACCAGAUGUACGCUGCAGAGGUUCACCAUUUGCACUAAUAAAAACCUGAGGGUGGCUGUGAUGUAAUCUCUGGGCAGAAUCUGACGGCAGCUAUGGUAGCUCAUUUGCCAACUAAACUUUCUUUUUUUUGUUGUUGUCUAUGUUACAGUACUUGAAGUGCAUUGAGAGGCAUCAUAAGAAAGCUACCAGUGAAUAUGUACUUUUCCUAUUGUACAGCCAUGCAUUACAUCAAUAUUGUCCGAUUAUUUUUGAACCAGCAGUUUCCUCUGUAUAUGCAAUAUGUUUUCGCAUGUUCUGUCACAUUUAAAUAUUAUUUUUUAUCAUGUUAACUUAAAAGGGAUCAUGUGUCGUCUUGUUUUCCACUCACCAACUGAACAGCUCUUUUCUGAAUGAGAUGACGCUAUCACGCUUUCACUAUCUCAGCCUGUCGAAGAGUCCAAAGCACAACGAUCGACUUCCAGUUUAUAUACUGUGUGAGCUGCUCUGUGUGUCAGCAGGUAUGUCAGAGCCGGACAUGUCUUUACUCUGAAAAAAAAAAAAGGACACAGUAGCAGAUCGCGAGUCCGUCUUUUUCAAAAGUCGACUCUUACAGUUUAUCAAAGCAGUUCUGAAAAGCUGGAAUUGGUUGAUAGCGAAGCUCCUGACUUGUGUGAAAAUUUAAUCAGCUUUAAGCUUUAUCGUAAGUAAGCUUGUUGUGUCCUUCAACAACAUUGAACUAAUGUGCAGCCAGACAUGUCUCUGCAGUAAUAAUGAGGUGGAGGCCAUGUCAGGAUAACAUUGUGAAUCUAUCCGCUUUAUCAAGUCAAGGAAUGCUGUUAUCGUUUCACCCUGUCUUCAGAAGACCUCACAUUCAUACACGACUGAGCCUCUUUUUUUCCCCCUUUAUGCUUAAAUAUUUUCCUUUUUUUCCAAAUAUCAGAGGUAGAAAAAUUCUUACAACCUUGUGACACAUCUUACUCUUAUCUUGAAUACAAACAGUAAUAUCAUAACAUACUGUGUCCUUAAUAAAGGUCUUACUAAGACACUCUGAUGAAGACAGCUGAAAUUUUAGAGCGUAGUUUCUCAGUUUCUUUUUCUCUUUCACCUGAACUUUAAACGUCUACAAUCAUCACUGAAGCGAUUAAAACUCUUAGGGACCAGUCUGUCUUUAAUCUGGUGAAGGACACGCAAUGAUACAGAGAAAAGCAAUGAUGUUUUGAGUGAUGGAAGCACAACAGACCUGGUCAUACCCAUCUUUUAAAGAGGUUUUUACUUUGGCACACUUUUUAGCUUCUGUACGGUUCCCAUGAGCUCACUGUAAUCUAAAGUUUGGUUUGUUUACAUGGAUCCACACUGCUGUGUCUCGGAUCCCAUCCAUGUUAUGGACUAAUGACUGAACUGUUUUAAACUGCAAAUCUCUAUAUCGCCGUCAUUAUUACAAACACCCAACAAAAUACUUCAAAAAAAAAGUCGACCGCUUCAUUCCGUACAGUAGGAUAUCUGUGAUUGUGUAACACUGGACUCUCAGUUUUUCACGUAAACGUCGGCAGCUUCGUCUCCUCAGUGCUUUUCAGUCCGCCUUCUGUACUUUCUAAGGAUGAUGAAAAUGUUUGUGAAAUAAGUCGUGAUUGUUCUAUUACCAUGUUUUUAGUCAUGCACCAGCAAUGUGAUCAGUAGCUCAAACAAUUCCUGUCGUAGAAAUCAGGCAAACUGAAUGUAGUCUGGCUUUCUGUCAACUUUUUAAAAACACAUUCUGAACAUGUAAAUAUGAAACUGUUCAAAUCCCCCUGAGACUCACCACUGUGGAGGAUUUACUCAUACAUACAUGAAAUUGAGCUUGUAAUUAAUACUGAUUCUUCAGCUCUGUCAAUCAAAGAACAAUAAACUAUGAUUAAAAGGGUUUUUGUGUGACUUUUAGGGCUUUUUUGUACAGUUAAAGUUGAAGCUUCAUGGCUUGUGUAAUAAAUGUCACUCAAAAGA